AAAUUAUGACAUUGAUUGCUAUUUUUAACUUCUUAAUUUUUUUCUAAUAUAUAAGAGCGUUUAAUAUUUAAAAUUUUAUAUAGCUUGUAUAAAAUAAGAAUACCUAAUGGAAUGUAAUUUCAAAUAUGUUUUCUACUGGUCCUAUGGAUGGUUUUUUUGAUCAUGAUACAGCAGUUAGUUUAUAUAGAAAUGUCUAAAGUUAAUUUAAUAAUAUAGCAUGUCCUUUAGAAAGUAUAGGCAGUACAGAGGAAAACCGUACUAUGUAUUUAACAUGUUUAACUUUAUUAAAUAAAAGAAACGGCUUAAAUAACUAAUAGGGUGUUUUUGUAAAUAGUUUGCAUCAUGCUAGAGAAGUUAUGUCGCUUUCAAUGCAACUUUAUACAUAUGCACAUAUACUUUAUUAAUACUUUUAAGGGGAUUAAAAAACAAUUGAAUUUUUAGAAAAUAAUGUUAUUUGGUUUGUUCCAGCUGUCAAUGUUGACGGAUAUGAAUACUUAAAAUAAAAUUUAAAUGACGAAGAUAAAAAAUUAUAUAUCAGAAAAAAUAGAAAAAUUGAAAAGCAAUGCGAAUAUGAUUUCUUGUAAGGAAUAGAUCUAAAUAGAAACUACCCGACAGCAUUUGGAAUUGAUGAUAUAGGAAGUCUUCCAGAUUAAUGUCAUUUAAACUAUAGAGGAUAAUAACCUUUUUCGGCAAAAGAAACCUAAAAUAUAUAAAAAUUUCUUGAUUAAAGAAUAAAUAUUAAAGUUGCAAUAAAUUUGCAUUCAUAUGGAAAUAUGUGGUUGAUUCCCUUUAACUAUAUAAAUGAUAAGGAAAAUAAUUUAUUGAAAUAAAUGGAAAAAUAUUACUUAAUUUAUUA